AUGGGUCUUACAGGUACACAAAUAGGACUUUGUUUUCAGUCAUAUUGGUAUAUGUGGCUAACUAAUGCUCUUGCAGGACUAGUAUUUAUUGGUAUUAAUAUUGGUGUUGCUGGGUUUUUCCUUAAGAAAUUUAUCGCGAAAAAACAAGCUCAUUAUGCAGAACCUCCAACUGUACAAGAAGAAACUGCAAGACGGCCAUUUUCUGCUAGUGAAAUUAGUACACAUGAUGAUGGAGCUAUGUCACGAGCUUCCUCACGCAAAUCACGUACUUAUUUUAUAUUGAAUAAACAAAGUUUUUUUUAUAUAUUUUGUAUUGUAGCAAUGUAUCCUGGAGCAUCUGAAGAUAAUGAUGAAUUUGCUGAAUCAACAUUAAAAGCAUUAAAUGCUUUUCGUCGUCGACAUACUGCUGAACCAUUAGGUGUUAAUGAACAAUUAUGUGAAAUAGCUCAACGUUGGGCCGAACAAAUGGCACGUACUGGUAAAUUAGAACAUAGUCCAGCUGAAAUGCGUAAUUUAGGACGACAAACACUUGGUGAAAAUUUUAGUGCAUCAUUUCAAUCGGAAUUAACAGGAGAAAAAAUGGUUCGAAAAUGGAUGAAAGAAGGAAAACGAUAUAUGUUUGGUUUCGAUGGACGAAAAGAUACAGAAAAUUUUACACAAUCAGUUUGGCAAGCAUCACGAGAAAUUGGUGUUGGACGUGCUCGAUCAGAAGAUGGAAAUUGGUGGUAUGGUGUUGUUGUAUUUGAUCCACCUGGUAAUAUUCCAAAUCAAUAUUCAAAUAAUGUAUUUUUACCUGCUGAUAAAGCAUAA